GGCGGCGUUGCAGAUCACUUAAAAUCGACAAAGUUUAAAGUUGAAUUUAUCGUGUAUUCAUUACACUUUUAGGUUAAUGAUCGCUUUAGAGAUAAAAAUAAUAAUAGCAUAAAGUUUAUUGUAAUCGAAGUAGGCUAGCGAUCUGUGAUUAAUGAAUUAGAAUUGAAAUCAGAAUGAUUCAAGAAGAGUGCAAAUCAUUACUCCUUAAACUAAAGCUACAACAGAAAAACCUCAAAAACUUUUUGCCAACCAUAAAUGUAACUGAUUCUUUUGUUAGUGAAACAACAAGUGAUGAAUCAGACGUGUCUAUAUGGUCAUCACCUGGUCAAAGUUCAUAUGCCAGAAGUAAAUUAAAAACUCUCAUUUCCUCUCCCCCAAAUGACACAGAUAGUCUUCAAUCUUCAUUCAAUAAGCAGACAUUACAAUCUCGUUUUUAUCAAUUAGAAAGGCAAAGGACUUUAAAUGAUGAUAUUGUAUAUAAAAACACUAAAUCAAAAGAAUUGGAUUCCAUACCAGCCAUGACCCCACGAAGAUCAGUUAAAGUGUCUGGAAAUUUUUUACGGGAUAUCAAUGAUUAUUUAGAUGAUUCCAAAGAUCUAACCAUGACAUCACUAAACUCUGAUUAUACUACUGUUCACAAGAAGUCUGCUAUGUCACCAACCAUAUCGGAGAGUUCUCUUGUACCAUCUACUCUUAACACAGCACAAAAACGCAGCAUCAUAGACAGAAAUGUACCCGUGGCUUCAAAAUAUGAUGAUUUUCAGUUUGAUUACAAUGCUUCUAAAUUAAAUUAUAGUUACUCUACUGUCGAGGAUGGUGAGGAAUCGUUUUUGAGAUCACGUCUGAAUGAAUCACCCGAAGACAUCUUCCUAAAAUAUGAUAAGGAUUAUAAAAUGGAGAAACAUAAUAGAGAGCACAUGAAUGUUAGAGAUACAAAAUCACAUGGGACAAGGAAUAGACAGGAUGCUAAGGACAACGAAAAAACUGAUCUAAGAGAGAAAGGUGAAAUGAGAAAUAAGAUAGUAAGAGAUAAGAUAGAACCAAGAGAAUUGAGGGAAAUGAGAGAAAGGGAAGAAUUACAAAAACAACAAUACAAAGAAUUGUACAAGAAACAGUUAAAGGACAGUGGUAAUGACAAGAAUUAUGUGUCAAUUAUAAGAGAUUCCAUUCAGCCGAGGUCUAUCUUAUCAUCACCUGGAAUACGCAACUCCAGCAAGAGUAAG